AUGACUCAAAGCUUACAGGCCAGGACUGGAACAACACCGAAUAGAGCCAGGAAGCUAGAACAGAGCAUUGAGGAGCAGUAUGGAUUCAUCAAUACCUGCUUGAAGUCACUGGUGAUUGAGAAAUAUGGUGAAGAGACAUGGGAAUUACUGAGGGUAAAAACCGGAGUGCAGGACACUUUCAUGACUUACGAAGUUUACAAAGAUGAAAUUACAUUGCAGUUGGUGGAAAAGGCCUGUCAGAUAUUGGGUGUUUCGCCAGAGGCCGUUCUACAGCAAUUUGGAGAGUAUUUCUUUGAAUUCUGUAAAAGGUCAGGUUAUGACCACAUGCUGAGGACGCUAGGUGGAAAUCUCUAUGAGUUUAUUGCUAACCUGGAUGCCUUACACAGUUAUCUAUCUCUAUCUUACCAGGCUAUGAAUGCCCCUUCUUUCAGGGUAGAGAUGAAGGAUGAUGGCUCAAUGCAUCUGCAUUAUUACUCAGACAGAAGAGGACUGUGUCACAUUGUCCCAGGUAUUAUGGGGGCAGUAGCAAUGGACUUUUUCAAAACAGAAAUUUCUAUGGAGAUAAUAAGUCAAUCAGAUGAGGAAGAAAGAACAGGAAAAAAAGAACACAUUGUUUUCCUAGUUACCCAGCGACCAAUAGUUCCACCUAAAUGCUCCAAUAGACAGACAAUGCAACAAAAUAACAAACAGAUUACUUCACAGACUAUUGAAAAUGCAGUUAAUAAACUGCGAGAUAGAGCAAACCAAGUAUCUGUCUGUCCUGUUAAGAAGAAGAACCACUGGGGGACUAUCCGUGGAAUUGUUCAGUUUGGAAGAGGCAAAAUGUUAAGAGGAUUUCUGCCUGUGUAUCCAAAGACUCUCUGGGUUGAUGUUAAAACAUUUUGCAAUGGACUUCCAUUUCAUAUAGUGUUUGAUGAGGAGCUGAGGGUGAAGCAGGCUGGUGUGAGCAUACAAAGGAUUGUUCCUGGUCUGCAGACUAUGGGGAUUCGUCUAGAUCAGUAUUUCAGCACAGUGCACCCAGAAGUUACCCUGACUAUUUCUAAUGUCAGAAAGUUCAUUAAUAGUCAGUUUGUAUUUAGGACAAAGAGAGAAAUGAUGCCUGAAUCUUGGAAGGAGCGUCCAAUGCUGGAAUUAAGAGGUCAGAUGAUAUGGAUGGAAUCUUUUGAAUGCAUGUUAUAUUUGUGCUCUCCUCUGUUGCGCAACUUGCAUGAGUUGGAAGAGAGACAGAUGCACAUUUCUGACAUAGCGCCGCAUGAUGUCACACGGGACCUUAUUCUUUUGAACCAGCAAAGAUUAGCAGAGAUGGAACUAUCUAACCAGCUUGAGAGGAAAAAGGAAGAACUGAGAAUAUUGUCAAAACAUUUAGAAGAAGAGAAAAAAAAGACAGAAGCUUUAUUGUAUGCCAUGCUCCCAAAACAUGUGGCCAACCAGCUGAAGGAAGGCAAGCAGGUAGAAGCAGGUGAAUUCCAAGAAUGUACAAUACUAUUUAGUGAUGUGGUCACAUUCACCAACAUUUGUGCUCAAUGUGAACCUAUUCAGAUCGUGACCAUGUUGAAUUCUAUGUAUCUCCGAUUUGACAGAUUAACCACCGUGCAUGAUGUCUAUAAGGUUGAGACUAUAGGCGAUGCAUACAUGGUUGUGGGUGGAGUACCUGUUCCUGUUUCUACACAUGCAGAAAGAGUUGCCAACUUUGCUUUGGGAAUGAUACUUAUGGCGAAUGAAGUGAAGAAUCCAGUCACAGCAAAUCCUAUUCAGAUCCGAGUAGGGUUACAUACUGGCCCAGUGUUAGCUGGAGUUGUAGGAGAGAAAAUGCCUCGCUAUUGUUUGUUUGGAGAUACUGUGAACACAGCUUCUAGGAUGGAAAGUCAUGGUGUUCCUAAUAAAAUUCACCUAAGCCCAGAUGCCUACAGAUGUCUUAAAGAUAAAGAAUUUGAAAUAACUGCACGGGGAGAAAUCGAUAUAAAAGGAAAAGGCAAAAUGUGCACGUACUUCCUGGUGAGAAAUGUAACUGCGAAAGAAAAUGAGAUCUUAGGAAGGCCUGCAAAGGACACAGAUUCAGGAAGGGCGUCUUACCAGACUCUACAUGAUGAUCUUGGCAAGGGCAGCUUGCAAAUGACAUGUCCUCAAGCGACACAGGAAGAAUUUAUCCAGAAUUCAUGCCCCCCUAUACCAAUGCACUAUGACGAUAGCCUGCUUUUCAGCGACAAAGGGGAGCACAAUGAUCUAACAGGAAAAAUGUAUGCUCCAAAGGGCUAUGCAAAUAUCCAGAAUGGUCGUCGCGUUGAAGAUGAUUGUCUGAAAAAAUCAAGAGAAAAGGAAGAGCAUGAUAACGCUCAUGUCAGAUCACACUUCUGUGUUCUCAUUUAA